AUGCCUCUCCCAUACCAACUCUCAGCCAGCAACCGAAACCUCCCGCGCCGGUCGGACAGUCUACACAAGGUCAACAAGGCCCCCUACUUCUCUGAGGUCGACGAUGAGUUGAGGGAUAUCAGGCGGGUACACUCCCAGGGGCAGGAAGAGGAUCUAAGGUAUGCUCUCAGCCGGACGAUCAACAGGAUAGAAGAACUCACAUCAAUGCUCAAAGAGGCCUAUAAGGCGCAAGCAGAUCUCCAAACCGAGCUAACUCUCGCGAAAUCAAACCUCCAGAUGGCCCUUGCUAACAACGAGAUGCUAGAGGAUGCCCUCAAGCGCGAUCCCGGACACUCCAAAGACAUCGGCUGGCGCCGUAUGAGUGCCCGCGAACAAAGUCUGAAGGCCGAGGCGGAGGCUGAGCGUAGACGGAGUACAGACAGUCUGACUUCGACCGACGCCUCAUCCUCCCCAACGCUCUCCCAGCCCUCAUCUGCCGCGGAACACUCCCCUGUUGUUCUGCGAUCGGCGACGAUGCCAUCACCAGCGCCCUCGUCGACUACCGAGAACCGGUUCUUCCGGUUUCGCUUUGGCAAUGGACCCUCAUCGUCAAGUCAUCCCUCCUCCCCGCGGCUGUCUGCGGGACAGUCGCCUGUAGCCAACGGCUCACACCUCACCUCGGCUUCUCUCCCCUCCCUUGUACCUGCACGGGACUGGGACAAGGAGAUUGAGGAACUUCAACAUCAGCUAGAGGCUGAGCGGAACGCCCGCAAGCAGACAGCCGAUGCGAAGGCCUCCCUUGAGGCCGAGAUUGAGUCGCUUUCGCAGGCGCUCUUCGAAGAGGCGAACAAAAUGGUCGCCACGGAGCGCAUGAAACGUGCCGAAACCGAAGAGCAGCUGCGGGAAGCACGGGAGCAGGGAGAGGCCUUGAAGAACGUCCUCCGACUAUUCGAGCACGACACCGCCGCAGGGAAGACACGCGCGUAUGUCGUGGAUGGGAUCAACGACGGAACGCCCGUCGCUCGCUCACGUCAUCGAGCCUCUUCAUCUGCGGUCGGGAUCAAGUCGCCCUCGUCUGGUGUACCGUCUCCGCAGAGCUCGCGUCCCAACACGCCCGUUCAAUCACCCAACGACGUGCCAUCGUCCGCGCGGACGGUCACCGCGGAUCCCUCGUCGACAGCCUCCUUGGAGGGUAUAUCCAUAUCCGGUGCCUCUGCCGCCGUGCCCCAGCCCGAACCCACAGCAGCGCCAUCAGUUGUCGAGGUGAAGUCCGACGCGUCUGUGUCGACCGGCAUUGAGUCUUCACCAUUACCCUCCAGCAAGAACACGCUUCCGCACAUCUCCCCAUCGCCACCUGCAUUGUCCGCAUCUCAGUCACCUUCACCUGUGCCGUCCCCUUUGUCUGCCCCCGGCCAAUUCCUCUUCACGCCUGCUCGGCCCGUGAAUUACUACGAGGGCGAGGAGUCCCCAUGGGCAGACGCCACCUCUGCUUCAUCGGCCAAGGUCUCCACAUGA